AUGCCUACCAAGAAUCACAUGCUGUGGCCGAGAUUGGGCUAUGGAUUAGAACUGCCACCUUGUCGUAAGUCACUGACGCGACCGGCCGGUACACUGGGACCCCGAGAAUUGCCGGAUCGCAUCAGCGUUCGUGGUUUGAACGGAAUGGUGCCGAUAAAAGUACUCUCCUCGGACGAUUGGUUUGAGAUAUCGCUCGUACGCCAAACCACAUCCUCCAUUUCCUUCCAGUGGACAUUCCGAAAUCCCCUGGCCAUCCCAUACGACCUAUUCAAGCUCGAACAGUGCUACAGUGUAAAGCGUGACCGAUGGCAAACCGUGUAUUGGGGUACCGGCGCUAACCUAACGGUGCGCAAUCUGGAACAAAAUCUCUGCUACUCGUUCCGGGCCACCGUUCUCCACCAACCGACCGAUGGCGCGGACUUCCAGUACGUGUACCAAUCGCCCGUCUUCAAAGCCUGCACCCUACCAAACGUUCCCUCGACGAUGGGUGUGUACCGAGCGGUCAAAAAGGGACAACCAGGGCUUGUCCGACGGCUCCUGUACACCCGCCCCGAACUCGUCAAUGUCCCGGUGCACGGUGAAACGUUUCUUUAUCUCGCGGUGCGAAGCGGAAGCGUAGACCUGGUAAACGUGCUGCUCGAUUCCGGUGCCAACAUUGAUCUCGGUGUCCCGGAUACCGGCGUCACCCCACUCCAUCUGGCCGUCUACGAUCGCAAUCUGACGCUCGUGCGUCAUCUCAUCGAGCGAGGGGCAAAUCUGCAAGCGCAGAACUGUGUCGGUAUGACGAUCGGCCAUUACGCCAUCGAUACGAACGAUCUGACGAUGGUAAAGUACGUCCUCGGACAGGGCAUCAGUCUGGAGACGCGGGAUCGAUGCCACUGGACGCUCAUUUUCCGGGCCAUUUACAUGCGCGCCUCGGUGGACGUCGUGCGUCAUUUGCUGGAACGGAAGUGCCGGUUAAAGGUGAAAGAUCGGUUACGCUUGACGCCACUGUACUACGCCAACAUGGUGGGAAAUGAGGAGAUUAUUCGGUUGCUGAGACGACGAUUAAAGAUUUGA